AUGGAGCCUCCUCCACCACAUGCCGAGCGUGCUUCUCCCACUACCCCUGCGCCAGUAGCUCCGAUCGACACGACCAACUUAAUCCUGCAAGAAAUCUUGAUAUCUGCACAGGAUACGUUGGGCCAACAGGCCUCGACCAGUCCACUCCGCCGCGCGUCGACGUCGCCAGUGCUCUACCGCACCGAGUCUGAAAUUUCGUCCCUCAACCGCUCACCCCGUGCGCGAGACGCGUCGUCAUCAAAACUCUCCAAGCGUGCCUCAAUUCAAAUCAUGGGCUCGUCCACCGACUCGACAAAGGGUCGCCUCACUCGCGCGCCGUCCAUUUCGGUGCCCAACCUGGACCGAACCCAAUUCGACAAAGACGUUGAGUUAGUGCUAUUCAUUGACCAGCUCAAAGCCGACUUGAACCGAUCGCAGCAAGAGGUGGCCAAGCUCCAGAAGAAGCUCGUGGAUCGAACUCGCGGCAUCGACGAGGAAAAAGUGGCCCAGGAACACACUCGAUACCUGGAGGAAAAGGUGCGCCACUUGGAGGCUGAAAACGCAAGACUCAAGCAGCAGGCCCAACGCCACCAGCUCCACGAUUCAGACAAACGGCGGCUCCACGACUUGGAGAGCGCCUUGCUUGAGGCCAAGCGCACGGAAGAGCGCGCGCUGCACCUCGUCGUCGCUGCCAUUGGCAAGGCACGGUUGGAAUCGCUUUUGAACAACCCAUCGCUCGCCGACCUGUCGCUCGAAGACAGGGUCGCAGCUGCCUGUACCACCGCGACACGCGCCAAGUUCAAGAGCAAGCUGUUGUCCACGACGUCGGCGGCAUCUUCUCCGCGCCCCUCUUCCAAAGACCCAAGAAACCUCAACGACAUGGAUGCGCUAGAAGCGCGGUCGAAGCAACUGGACCUGCUGUGGAAGCAGCAUUGCAGCGAGCUCCACACAGCACCGUCUUCAUUCACCAAGUCGCUGCGGCAGUAG